AAGGAAGCGCGGAGCGCCAAGCGCGGGCCGAGAUCCUUGGCGAUCAUGUGAGGGAGGGUCUCCUAGUGCCAAGAGCACCAAUAACAAGACCCGUGAAUGAACGGGCAACGCUCCGGAGCCUAGGAGGCGCUGUGUCGGAGCCGGCGUUUUAUACCUGAAACCGGCUCGCUCAAUGCCACAGACUUGUGCCUCUACUCCUAUACCUUGCCAUGGCCAAACUAGAGACCCUCUCCGUCCUUAGUGAGCCCGGCUACCACAGCCAGGAAUCGUUCCACUCGUUCGACUCCAGGGUCCCUGAGUCCGCCUCCCAAGACACUAUGGGAAGUGUCGGCAGCGGGGUCUCCAACGAACAGGAGUUUGCCAUGAAGAGCGUGGGAACGAGGACACAGAGCAGCGGCCGGCAGAUCGAGGGCUCCCGGAACAGCUAUUCGACCCGGGAGAUCUCUAACCGCUACUCUGGCGAGGAGAAGACCUACAGGACAGAAAAGAUCUCCAACUCCAUAUACAUCAACGGAGACCUGCGCAAGAGUGAGAAAGUGAAGACAGACCUUUGCGGGAACAUCACGGCCAACAACGAGAAAAAUAUGCCGCCUCUUCCCCAGUACAGAGAACCCAGUAACCCACCAAAGAUAUUGCCAGUCUCUGGUAAACUGGACCAGAGCAAUGAGCCCUUAGUUAGACCUUCAGCCUUUAAACCGGUAGUUCCUAAAAACUUCCAUUCCAUGCAGAACCUGUGCCCUCCGCAGAGCAAUGGAAUAACGGAGAACCGAAAGACCUUGAAUCAAACCCACAGCAAUAGCCCUUCUACUGUCAAAAGUGGCCUGGAAAAGCCGGGCCUUAACAGGACUACCACCCAAGCAGGCGGCCUCUCCGAUUCUGGCCGCAACUCUUUGACGAGCUUGCCCACCUACGGAACGGGCUACAGCCAGCACAUCGGCCCGAUGAGCGCUUCGACCAGUCACAUAAACCGCAUCGGCACAACUUACGCAGAGAAGAACAUUGUGGGAUACAACGGGAUAUCUACCUCAGACAGCGGGCGGUCGUCCAGCAAGAGCACUUCCUCGUUCAACAGACUCAACCAUCUCAACGAAACGAUGCCUUUCCACUCUCCUUCCACAGAUGACAUCAUUCAAGACCUGGAAGACCGGCUCUGGGAGAAGGAGCAGGAGGUCCUCCAGAUGAGGAGAAACCUGGACAAGAGCGAGGCGGCCAUCUACCAGGUCUUCGAAGAGAAGCAAAAAAUCUGGGAGCGCGAGAUGGAGGAUCUCCGGCAAAACUAUGCCAAUAAACUGCAGCAGGUCUCCAAGAAGGCCCAGAGAGCUCAGCAGGCUUUGCAGCUGCAGAUCUUCAAGCUCCAGCAAGAGAAGAAGAAGCUUCAAGAUGACGUGGGGCAGCUCCUUCAGCAGCGGGAAGAUCUCGAGAAGAAGUUCGUGGCUUUCAAAAAAGAGCAGGCCGAGUUCCUCCCUAAGAUCGAGGAGACCAAGUGGGAGGUGUGCCAGAAGGCAGGCGAGAUCUCCUUGUUGAAGCAGCAGCUGAAGGACUCCCAAGCGGACGUCUCCCAGAAGCUGAACGAGAUCGUCGGGCUGCGGACCCAGCUGAAGGAAGGCAAGAGCUUCCUCAGAGAGAAGGAGGAGCAGAUCCUGAACUUGAAAGACUCCUACAGCACCAAGAGCGUCAGUCUAGAGAUCUGCGAGAGCGAGCUGCAGAGGAAGAUGAGCGAGGUCCAGAUGCUGAGGGAGAAACUCAGCCAGUGUGAACUGGAGGUCUCCAACCUGAAGCAGACCUUGACCAACUUAGGGGGGCAGCACAGUCCCCUCAACGCAGAGCUCUCCGAGAAGCUCACCAGGGACUCUUUGGCCUGCGAGAGCGACGAGGCCAAGAUGAAACGGCAGAGCGAGGAAAACCUCAGUGCCCUGAAGAAGGAAGUGGAAAGGCUGCAGGCGCAGCUCAAGGCGGAACGCCAGCAGCGGGAGCAGCAGGUCAUGGACUUUGAGGAGGAGCGCCGCACGUGGCAGGAGGAGAAGGAGAAAGUGAUCAAGUACCAGAAACAAUUGCAACUGAACUACGUGGAGAUGUACCAGAAGAACCAAAUUCUGGAGCACAAGGUGAACGAGAUGAACAGCAAGGUCCCCAGCCCGCCACACACCGAAGAUAAAAAAAUGUGGACUCCAUCCAGACUAGAGAGGAUAGAGUCCACAGAGAUCUAAGGAAAGAUCGGAGGGAUUUAACAGUACGUUUCCCCCCACCCCCCUUAUUACUGUGCAUGUACUUCAACCGGUGAUCUUCCUAAAAAGAAUAUGCUAUCUGACCAGCAGCAUAAGAUGGUUUGCACUGGGUCAACCCAACGAGAUUUGGUGCUCUACAGGUUAUUGAAAAGAAAUAGCCACAGUUGCACUUUUGAGUUUGAGAGAUGAUUGGGUGUCAGAGGGGGAGAUUUUUGGGGGAGGGUUUUUUUUUUGCUAACUCCGCUGAUGGGGCACUGUGGUCUGCUAAAUAUUGUUCAUCCUGCCAUCUCCUCAAUCUUGUAUAUUUCUGAUGUGGGUAGUCAAAGAUUCUGUCACAGUCACCAGCAAGAUGGCCUCCUCUUUGUCAUGCUCUGGGAGAGAUAUCAGAAACAGGUUUCUUAGCCGUUCUCUUCCCCCGUUCCCCAAGGAACCGUGGGAAUUGCAAUUGAGUGAGGCCCGGAAUAUCGAACAGAAGUCUUAGCUCCCUCACCAAACGACAACUCCCAGAAUUCUUUAUGGGAAGCCAUGGCAGUUAAACUGGUAUGAAAGUGAAAUAAGAUUUCAGUGUAGAUAACGCUCUGUUGUUUGUUGUUGGAAUCUGUGUAUAAAAGCCAAUUCUCAUCUCACAGCGAUGACCUCCCUUUGUGCCACGUUCAACCCAACCCUGACCCCAUUUAUCGGGAAGCGAGCCUUUUUGUUUUAAUGGAACUUUCUUCCAAAGAAAUUCUGGCCCACACCGCACUCACAGCAUGUAUGUUGUACACACCGCAGGAGUUGGAGAAAGCCUCACGCAGCUUGUGUGUGCAAGCGUGGCGUACAUGUUGAGAUCUUGUGUACACGUGGGCCCAGUUCUGUUAGAGGCACUUGUGUGUGCCGUGGAAAGGCAUGCGUGACCAUGGGUUGCUCGCUUCUUCACAUGUACACCCUGUGUGGUGGGACCCAAGUAUCGUUAGGGGUGAUACCAUUGCUUAAAUAGCCCUUAAUUGCAGCUCUGCCCCUUUCCAGAAAGAGAGGGACCUGAAACUCAGGUAGUAUGAAUUUUUGUCCCGAACCCCAUGAACCAGAAAUGUUCAUAUCGUUCAUAUUGUUAUUUAUUAUUAUUUGAGACUGUCUGUACAUCUCCCAUUUUCCUUAUCCUUUGGAUGUAGCCAAGAGCAGGAACCAAAAUGUCAGAUACACUGGAGAGGAGGCUCUAGGGCAAGAAGUGAUUUCUUGGCCUGUUGUCCAACUCCAAGCCCUUCACUUGACAUCUCUCUGUGGCUUCCAGCUUACAUUAAAUAGCAGAACCAUGGAAGUGAUCAUUUAUGCCGUUCUUCGGUUUUCCUUGGUACAAAGCUACGGCAAUUUUUUUCUCUUUCUUGAUUUUCUGAGAUAGUGGCUGAGGCUAAUAGAAUUGAAAGCACAAAAUAGAUAGGCGUUUUAUAGACAUGGGCAUAAUUCUUUUGUUCCCAACCCAGAUAUGCACAUAAAGAAAACAGCUGUGUUCCAGCAAAAGAAAUAUCUUCUCGGAAGCACCUUCUGUCCUAACACAUCCCUUUCUGCUUUAGGAACCACUCGUGCAGACUGGAUUCGGAUGUACAUCUGCAAUAAGAGGCUCACACUAGGAAGGGUCUUAGAAGCACUUUGCGGGUUCCUCUUACGUUGUGGUUAGAAUCCCACAUGCAUCAGUUCUCUGCGCAUCUCUCAGAUGUGGCUGUUGAGACAUUUUUGCGCUCUCUUACCCCCCUCCCUUAUAUAGUUCUGUUCCCUUCACCUGUCAAUCAGGAUCAGUUCCCACCUUCUCUUGCAGCGGUAUUCUUAAGUUUUAACCCUUUCCUAGUCAUUGGCUGAUUCCACACACAUCGGAUGAUGCACUUUCAAUGCACUUUAGGUAUCGUUUGGAAGCGGAUUUUUUGUUUCACGCUCGAAAAAUUCAGUUCCAAAUGAUCUCUUAAGAGGAUUGGAAGUGCAUUAUGCAACGUGUGUGGAAUCAGUUAUUCGGGCUUUCCUUUUUUGCCCUUCUACAGAAUAAGGAGAUCCUAGCUACGUUAAUGGCAGAGAAUAGAGUAAGGGAAGGGGUGUAAAAAUAGUCAGUAAAAAUGCUAUGUGGCUCCAUUUCUUCCCAGAGAGAGUAUGCUGAGACGGAGAAGCAUUGGGGGAUAGUUCGACCUCAAUUUUUUUUAACAAACCCACUUUGAAAAACUGCUACACAAACACCUUUUCUGUAUAAAAAUGAACAGAUCCGCAUUAAAAGUGAUUCUUUAGGCAGCGUGAGCUUUCGGUAUAUGCAGCUGAGGCUGUCGAAACUUGGGAGAAACUGAAAAUAUCUGCAGAAUUUUGUUUCUUUGGGCACGAGGCUAGCAUAUAACAAGCACAUCAUGUGUGAUGUGCGCAUGGGAGAGCAUGAUUCCCAGCAUAGCCCCUCCCCCCCAAACAUUCAGGCUACUCCGUGACUCGGCAGUAGUUGAAAAUCUUGGGUUUCAGUUCUCGGCAAAGGCAGCCCCUCCAUCAGCUCUCUCUUCGCACAACACCUGACAAAAUUGCUGCCAUGGGAUGGUGAAAAUCUGAGUGCCCAUUUGAGUGCCCAAUCGAAUGAACUUUCCAGGCAAAGAGAAAAUCGUCUUUUUCCAGUUACUUCCCGUACCUUCCUCUUUCUUGUUCUCUGGUAUUUCUUCACCAUUAACUCUUAGACCGCUGUGACACCGAAAUGGAUUUUGAGUGCAGCUCAGUCUCGGUAGAUUUGGAAUGUUCAGUCUUUGGUUCGAUGUCGUGAGUUUAGCUGGGCUUUGCUUCAGUCGAGUUUUCCAUUUCUCAAGGGAAUGCCAGCAAGAGCAGCCAGAGUGUUUUCAAUUUCCCACGCUUUAUCUGUCCCAGGUUACAAAAGGAAUGGACCUCACCCAGCUCCGAUAAAAACCAAUUCUAAGUGCCAAGAGAAGUGAGAGCGGUCUCCAAUUAUUUACAAGGAGCACCCCCCUCCCACAGCAGUUGCUUAAGCCUUACGUUGAUAUUGUUUGGCAUGAUUGGGAGGAAGAUUUAGCUUUGGCGUGCUAGCUACGGGCAAAAGAAAGUGGCAAAGUCUUAUUGAUUUCCAGCUGAGAGAGUGCAAAUGUUCUGCUCCUAUAUGUACUAUAGAAAUAAUCCCUGUUUAAUAGUUGUGAACCAAGGAACUAAUAAAAACACUAGAGCCUUAGUGGAUUAGAUCAAGGGUCUAUCAGAAACACGGCCCUUUUCACACUACUUACCGGCUCCCGGAACAUUG